CAUAACAGAAACUCCUAAGCAUCAGUGAAAGCAACUCAAUCAAUAUAGAGAUUUAGAGAGAUGGAGAAGUUCUUUCGUAAACGGCCCAAGAAUCGCCUUUUUUAAUACGAUUUCUCUCUCUGUGUUUGUGUGUCUUUUGGAGAUCUCAUUCUUAUUUAUUUAUGGGGAUCUUUUAUUAUAUUUUUAAUUGAAUUUAUUUUAUAUAUAUAUAUAUAUUCGUUUAGUCAUUCUAUCUCUCUCCAUCAGUUCUGGUGUUCUGUCUCUGGUUCUUCUUGAACGUCUACAGAAUAACAUCUCUUGGGUUCUGCAUCAAAGUCCCAAAAAAGUUUAUUAAGUCCAAGAUCUGGGUUCAUUUGCGAAGAAGUCGUCAAUUAUCAAGGAUAUGUUUUUCGUGGCCAUUGAAACUAGAAUGUACAAGGAAUAUUAAUUUGAACCCAUGAUAAGGGUUUGGAAUGGGUACUUUAAGCAUGGAGAAGAAAUGGAUUUUCCCACUUGUCGUAAGCUCUCUCAUAUGUGUAUUCCUUUUAGCUACUUCCUUCAACAUGGGUCUCAUCUCUUCAUUGCACACAAUCAAUUCGAUCUUCUCGAUAUUCCCAUCUCGCACAAACCAGACCGAAUUAGCUUUUGCAGAAACAAGGAUGUCGCAAACUCCACCUCCUCCUCCUGUUCCCACAAUUCCUCGUUUUGCCUAUUUGAUUUCAGGGUCGAAAGGUGAUUUAGAAAAGCUUUGGAGAACUCUAAAGGCAUUGUAUCAUCCACGGAAUCAGUAUGUUGUUCAUUUGGAUCUUGAGUCACCAGCAGAAGAAAGGUUGGAGCUUGCUUCUCGAGUAGAAAAAAAUCCAGUUUUCUCAAAGGUUGGGAAUGUCUACAUGAUCACCAAAGCCAACAUGGUGACCUAUAAAGGACCAACUAUGGUUUCUAAUACACUUCAUGCUUGUGCUGUUCUUCUGAAGAGGAGUAAAGAUUGGGACUGGUUCAUCAACCUCAGUGCUUCUGAUUAUCCUCUUGUGACCCAAGAUGAUCUUAUUCACACUUUUUCAACUUUAAACCGAAAUCUAAAUUUUAUAGAGCAUUCAAGUCAUCUUGGCUGGAAGGAGGAUAAAAGAGCAAUGCCUUUGAUUAUAGAUCCUGGGCUCUACUCAUCAAAAAAGACAGACAUAUACUGGGCCUCGCCUCGGAGAACUUUGCCGACAUCAUUCAAAUUAUUUACCGGUUCAGCAUGGAUGGUUUUGACGCAUUCAUUUGUAGAGUACUUAAUUUGGGGUUGGGACAAUCUACCUAGGACUCUUCUAAUGUACUACGCAAACUUCGUCUCUUCCCCUGAAGGCUACUUCCAUACAGUUAUUUGCAAUGUCCCAGAAUAUGCUCAGACAGCCGUCAAUCAUGACCUGCAUUACAUUUCCUGGGACAAUCCCCCGAAGCAGCACCCUCACGUCCUUUCGCUUAAUGACACGGAGAAGAUGAUUGCUAGUGGUGCUGCCUUUGCCAGAAAAUUCAGACAAAAUGACCCUGUCUUGGAUAAGAUAGACAGGGAUUUACUUGGCCGGAAGAAUGGAAGCUUCACACCUGGUGGUUGGUGUGCUAAUCGCCCCAAAUGCUCUAAGAUUGGUGAUCCAUCCAAGAUCAAACCAGGUCCUGGAGCUCAAAGGCUUCGACGUCUCAUUGGUAGGUUGGCUCUGAUGGCUAAACUUGGUCAAAAUCAGUGUAAAUAGAUUUCAUUAAAGGUUUGCGGAAACAGAUAGAGUUCUAUGAGUUGGACACGACAUAUGAUUGCAGUUUUAGCUCUAAGAUGCCCUGCCCCUCAUUAAAUUGAACCAUUAUUGGCUUCAACAAUAUCUUAAAAAUACCGAUUCAUUGCCAUGGCUAGAAUCACAUAAGGCUUUUGGUUGGUUAUAUUUUAACUAAAUUUUGACUUACAUUACAUUAUCUCUGGUAUUUCCUUCAGUAACACUUUCCUUCCAUUUUCAUUUCUAA